CUUAGUAAAUGAACCCUAUGAAUCCAAAACAAUUAUCUGAUUUUUCCAUAAAAUGGAAGAACAAGAAUACAUUACAACAUAUUCAACAUUGUCACCAAUUAAUCAUGAUCAUGCUCCUUCUUCUUCUGCAUCCCCUGCUUUACUGCUAGAAGAAUCAGAGCAAACAGAGGUGCACAAUGAACAAGAUCAGCAGCAGCAGCCUCUCGAUAGGCCGCGGCUUUGGCAUUGGCAGCCAAGUCUUGUUUUCCAGUGGUUUCACAUAACUUUCAUCAGUUCGGGUUCAGAUGAUGCUAGAAAUGAUGCUUGGUCUUGUUUAAUUGUGCUACUCACUUUCUGGUUCCUUGCAUCUAUGAUUCUGAUUCUUGGGUUUUAUGGAUCAUUCAACUUACAACUGGGGCUAAAUUGCUCAUUCUUGAUCAAAACCAAUCCAUUCUUUGUGCAUUCCAUUAAGGCACAACAAAUAGAUGAUCAAACAGCUGGGCCAAUGCUUUACGGCUUCCAUGAGUUACCUUCACUUGAUGUUGAAACCACUUGGUCACAAAAUUACACUGUGUUUAUAGAGCCUGAUUAUCACAAGGAGUGGGCUUAUUACCUGAAUGCUGGAUCUAGAGUUGAUGUAUCCUAUGAUGUCAAAGUCCCCGGCUCUGCCUCCUUGUUUUUUGUAAUUGCUCGAGGUAGAGGAAGUCUACUAGAGUGGAUAAGUUCUCCUUCCUAUCCUAAUACAACCUUGUCUUGGCACAUAAUCUAUGGAAGUGGUAAUAUUGCCAUAGACAUCAAAGAGUCAGAUACCUACUUUGUAGCAGUUGGUAACUUGAACCUGGAGACAGCAGAGGUUUACUUGAACUUUACCAUAAUGUCUCUUCUGUACAAUACUACUGAUGCCCAUUUCAAGUGCUUGUUAAGAGAUCGCGAUUGCAGCUUCAAGCUUAUCCUUCUGAAGCCUAAUGCGGCUGUCCUAACAUCUCCAGAUCCAGGACAGGUUAAGAAUGAUAAUGAUUGGUAUGUCCAAGUUUCUUUUGGACCACAAUGGGUCACAUAUUGUGGUGGAUCAUGUAUAGUUGCAGCACUCAUUUUAAUAUUAUUCAGAUACCUUUACCAUUUUCAAUCUAACACCGAAGAUGAAACUGGAAACCAAGUGAGCGAAAGUGUAGCUGACAGAAGACAGCCACUGCUUUCCCAUAAGAACAAUGAUCACUCAAAUUGGGGAUCAUCUUAUGACUCAAUCCCCAGCGAUGAGGAUCAGGGUAUUGAAGAGAAGAUGAUUUCAGAAGACUCCCUUGAAGGGGAAGUCUCAAUAGGAAGAGAGGUUCAUCAUAGCCAUAAUACUCGUCGUUUAUGUGCUAUAUGCUUUGAUGCUCCUAGGGACUCUUUCUUCCUGCCUUGUGGACAUUGUGCUGCUUGUUUCAGCUGUGGAUCAAGGCAAGUUUAAUUUUAGUUAUCGACUUAUGCUUCAUAAUCCAAGGCCUCAUUCUCUUCAACUUAUGAUAUAACUAAGCUACUACAGAAUAUGUACAUAUUCUAGCUAGGAAAAAUCAGUUAUAAUCAGUUAAAAUUAGUAAUUUCAUACAUUCAACUAUUCAAGUAUACAAUCAAAACAAUAAAUGAAUCAGUUUUUACAAUUAAAAUCAGGUAAAAAGAACACGGUCCACCUAAAAACACUCGGAUUUGUUUCCAUUAUUAUUUGACAUGGCCUUGCUUAUAAAGUUUUAAUCAGCUUUGUUGUUUUGUAAAGUAAUAAACUUUGGAGAUCAAAUUUGCAGGAUAGCUGAAGAGGCAGGUACAUGCCCCAUAUGCCGGAGGAAGAUGAAGAAAGUGAAGAAAAUAUUUUCGGUAUGAGAAUAGUUUAGGUAUAAUUAGCUCACCACCCUCCAUUGAAGAGUAUUACUGUAAUAGAAUUAAACUAUUUGGCUAGUAAGUGAAGGUAACAGGGAAUGUUAGAAGGUAUUAAGCAAUUUUCAGGGUGCCUAACCUAAAGUUUUGGUACACAGGCAGUCCAUGCUACUGUGAACAUAAUUAAACCUCUAUUUUCAAUGUUUCUAGUACUUUAACUCAAGUUUGAGCUAUACGCUUUCCCUUCUUUUUUAUUUAGCUCAAGUUAAAUUACUCCGGCCUUACAAACAAUUAAAACUCCUCUUCUAUAUAAACUCCGAGUACAUUUGUAA